CCGCGUCUGCCAGUUGCGUUUGCGAAGCCGAGCACUCUUGCGGCGGUCGUUCCUCCAGAGAAGACUAUCCUCGCUGCAUCCUCUCUCGUUUAUUGGCCUCUCCCUUUUAUCUUUCUUCCUUUUGUCUUUUUCUAGGCUUCUCUCUUUCUCGUUUUUUUCCACCCUCUCUUUGUUUUUUGCCGUCUCUCUCUCUCUCUCUCUCUCUCUCUCUCUCUCUCUCUCUCUCUCUCUCUCUCUCUCUCUCUCUCUCUCUCUCUCUCUCUCUCUCUCUCUCUCUCCCCUAUCUACCCAUCCAUCUAUCUGCCUACCCAUCUAUCUCCCUUUCGGUCGAACGAGAGGAACCGCGCCUGGCCUCUCCACCCGACCCACCUGUGAUGCAGAGGAGCGAGGUCGUGGCUUCGUCUCAACAAACACCCUUUCGUGACAGAGCAGAGGCCGCCCACCCUUCAUGUCUUGAGGAAAAACGACAGAGACUGAACGAAGCAACAGAAGGAGCUUCUCAGUGUGACUUGAAAACUUUCUGCUGACGACGACGGGAAAUCGAGAGAUCACGAUCGUUCAUAUUUUAGGAAAGAUAUAAUUCUGGACUAUUGUAUUUUCGUCGGUAGUAUAAGUCGUUGUAAUAGUCACCAUGAAGCUGUCAACCUCAGGCAAAGGGACCUUAACCCUACUGAUGCUGUGUCUCCUGACGGCGCUGACGGAGGGGAACCUUGGACAGCCAGACAGCAAUAAGCCUCAACGUUUAUCACUACCUUGUAUCACGCCCAAGAUGGAUUGCGAUCCGCAUCAAGCUUCAAAAUUUUUCGACGAUGAUGACAAGAUAAUUGGUGGGAAGGUAACAGAACCAGGUACCACGCCUUGGCUGGUAUCGCUGAAGGACAGCCACUACGCCGAUCCCGUCCACUUCUGCGGAGGGACGGUCAUCAGCCACGCCUGGGUGCUCACCUCCGCCUCCUGCGUCGCCGGCUACAGCUACCCGUACACGUACCUUCAGGUCGUGGCGGGGGAAUAUGACCUGGACGAGGCGGAGGGCUGGGAGCAGGUCAAGAAGGUCACGCGCAUCGAGGUCCACCCCGAGUACGACCUCUUCACCCAGAACAACGACGUGGCGCUCCUGAGGGUGUUCCCUUGGUUCCUGUACAACGAGAGGGUCGCCCCCUUGCCUCUGCCGCCGAAGCACCUACAGGGCCACCCCCACUUCGUCUUCACGCACGACAACGAAAUGGGCCUCAUCGCCGGCUGGGGACGCACGGCAGAAGUGAGCGAGAUCUCCCACCUGGUGCUGAUGGCCUACGCGCCCAUCCUCUCGACCGAAGACUGCGUCGGUGCCUACGGGGAAGCCAUCACCGCCUCCAUGAUGUGCGCGGGGAACCUCACUCACGGAGGACUUGACCCCUGCCAGGGCGACUGGGGUGGCGGCCUCAAGACUCGCGAAGGGUACCUGUUGGGUGUGUCCUCCUGGGGCACCGGAUGCGGGCGCCCUGGUCUGCCUGCUGUGUAUACGAACGUGCAGACUGUACGCGACUGGAUCUGCAGUGAGGUCAAUUGUAUUACGUGCGAGUUCAAUGAUGACGCGAAGAGGAUUUGUGAUGAUUCUCUAUAAUAAAGUUUCGUAAUUGGU